UCUCCCACACGCCUGAACGCCUUUGUCCUCCGGACCUCCGACCAGUUCUAGAGAGUAAAAUGGGUAACAAUGGGAGUCUAAAGAGCACGCAGUUGGGGGUGGAGAAGAAUGGCCUCCCAGAUGUGUGGAACUGUCCCUGGAGUUGUAGCCCUUCACCAUCACCUCUACCUUCUUCCUUCUGAGGGAUCCUGAAAUCUCUGUCAUGGAAAAGUACCACGUGUUGGAGAUGAUUGGAGAAGGCUCUUUUGGGAGGGUGUACAAGGGUCGAAGAAAAUACAGUGCUCAGGUGGUGGCCCUGAAGUUCAUUCCAAAAUUGGGACGCUCAGAGAAGGAGCUGAGGAAUCUGCAACGAGAGAUUGAAAUCAUGCGGGGUCUGCGGCAUCCCAACAUUGUGCAUAUGCUUGACAGCUUCGAGACUGACAAAGAGGUGGUGGUGGUGACAGACUAUGCUGAGGGAGAGCUAUUUCAGAUCCUAGAAGAUGAUGGAAAACUUCCUGAAGACCAGGUUCAGGCCAUUGCUGCCCAGUUGGUGUCUGCCCUCUAUUAUCUGCACUCCCACCGCAUCCUCCACCGAGACAUGAAGCCUCAGAACAUCCUCCUUGCCAAGGGUGGUGGCAUCAAGCUCUGUGACUUUGGAUUUGCCCGGGCUAUGAGUACCAACACGAUGGUGCUGACAUCCAUUAAAGGCACACCACUCUACAUGUCUCCAGAGCUGGUGGAAGAAAGACCAUACGACCACACCGCAGACCUCUGGUCUGUGGGCUGCAUACUGUAUGAGUUGGCAGUAGGCACCCCUCCCUUCUAUACCACAAGCAUCUUUCAGCUGAUCAGCCUCAUUCUCAAGGACCCUGUGCGCUGGCCCCCCACCAUUAGUCCUUGCUUCAAGAACUUCCUGCAGGGACUGCUCACCAAGGAUCCCCAGCAGCGUCUGUCCUGGCCAGACCUCUUACAUCACCCCUUUAUUGCUGGUCGUGUCACCAUAUUAACUGAGCCAGGAGGCCCAGAUUUGGGUACCCCGUUCACCAGUCGCCUUCCCCCAGAACUUCAAGUCCUAAAGGACCAACAGGCACAUCGGCUGGCCCCCAAGGGCAAUCGAUCUCGCAUCUUGCGUCAAGCCUGUAAACGCAUGGCAGAGGAGGCCAAGCAGAAGAAACAGCAGAACACAGGACCUCCCCUUGAGCAAGAGGAUGGGAUCAACAAGGUGGCUUCUGGCUCAUCUCCUCUGCCCAGACCAAAGACCACUCCUCAGGAACCAGGCCUCUUGGCUGGGAUCUUGACCUCAGAAAUGAAGAGCAGCUGUGCUGAGUGGGGGGCUGGGGAGGCUCCCCCUGCACCUCGGGAAAACUGGAUUAUCCAGGACUAUGAACGAGCACCCCCAGAGCUGAGGCCAGAGGUGGUGGGCCGGCGGAGCCUUGACGCAGUGGACCUGGAAAAUGAGGAGCCAGACAGUGAUGAUGAGUGGCAACACCUGCUGGAGGCCACUGAGCCCGCACCCAUCCAGCUGAAGGCCCCUCUCACCCUGUUGUGCAAUCCUGACUUCUGCCAGCACAUCCAGAGUCAGCUGCAUGAGGCUGGAGGGCAGAUCCUGAAAGGCGUACUAGAGGGUGCUUCCCGCAUCCUUCCUGCGCUCCGGGUCCUGAGCAGUCUUCUGUCCAGCUGCAGUGACUCUGUUCCCUUGUAUUCCUUCUGCUGUGAGGCAGGGCUCCCUGGGCUGCUGCUCAGCCUGCUCAGACACAGCCAGGAGAGCAACAGUCUCCAGCAGCAAUAUUGGUAUGGGACCUUCUUACGGGACCUGAUGGCUGUGAUUCAGGCCUACUUUGCCUGUACCUUCAAUCUGGAGAGGAGCCAGACAGGUGACAGCCUACAGGUAUUUCAGGAGGCCGCCAACCUCUUUCUGGACAUGUUGGGGAAACUACUAACCCAGCCAGAUGACUCCGAGCAGACUCUGCGGAGGGACAGCCUUAUGUGCUUUACUGUUCUGUGUGAAGCCAUGGAUGGGAACAGCCAGGCCAUCUCCAAAGCCUUCUACUCCAGCCUCCUGACGACACAGCGGGCUGUGCUGGACGGACUCCUUCAUGGCUUGACAGUUCCACAGCUCCUGUUCCACACCCCGCCAGGAGCCCCCCAAGUGAGUCAGCCACUGCGGGAGCAGAGUGAGGAUCUGCCUGGAGCCAUUUCCUUAGCGCUGGCAUCCAUAUGCACUGCUCCUGUGGGGCUGCCUGGCUGUUGGGAAGCCAAGGAGCAGAUCUCUCGGCAUUUGGCAAAUCAACUCACCGAAGACAGCAGUCCGCUGAGGUCAUCCCUUGUCUCUGGCCUGAAGCAUCCCAUCCUGUGCCUACCCCUUCUCAAGGUUCUGUACUCCUGCUGCCACGUCAGUGAGUGCCUGUGCCGUCUUCUAGGGCAAGAGCCCCUGGCCUUGGAGUCACUGUUGAAGUUGGUGCAGGGCAAGACAAAGGUAGUGAACUGGGAAGAGUCUACGGAAGUGACGCUCUACCUCCUCUCCCUUCUUGUCCUUCGGCUCCAAGAUCUGCCUUCUGGAAUGGAGAAGCUAGGCAGCGAGGUUGCUACCAUCUUUACCCAUUCGCCCGUCGUCUCGCUUGUGAGCGCGGCAGCCUGUCUGUUGGGACAGCUUGGUCAGCAAGGAGUAACUCUGGACCUCCAGCCUGUGGAGUGGAUCGCUGCGGCCACACAUGCCCUGUCUGCCCCUGCAGAGGUCCGGCUGACUCCACCAGGGGGCUGUGGAUUCUACGAUGGCCUCCUCAUCCUGCUGCUUCAGCUCCUCACCCAGCAGGGGAAGGAUAGUCCAAUAAGAGAUGUGGCUGGCUCAGAAAUGUGGACUGUUCUGUGGCAUCGCUUCUCCAUGGCUCUGAGGCUCCCUGAAGAGGCAUCUACACAGGAAGAGGAACUGUCACUGUCUAGUCCACAAAGCCUAGAGCCAGACUGGACACUGAUCUCACCCCAAGGCACGGCAGCCCUGCUGAGCCUGGCCGUGGCCACCUUUACCCAGGAGCCUCAGUUAUGCCUGAGCCACCUGUCUCAGCAUGGAAGUAUCCUCAUGUCCACCCUGAAGCAUCUGCUCUCGCCCAGCUUCCUGCAUCAGCUGGGCCAGGCGUCUCAAGGGUCUGAGUUUCUCCCCGUGGUGGUGCUCUCUGUCUGCCAACUCCUCUGCUUCCCCUUCGCCCUGGAUGUGGAUGCUGACCUCCUCGAAGGUAUCUUGGCUGACCUCACAGACUCAGAAGUCACAGCCCACCUGCUGCAGGUCUGCUGCCACCAUCUUUCAUUGACACAAGUCGAACUGCCCGUCAGUCUUCUCACACGCCUGGCCCUCACGGAUCCCACCUCUCUCAAGCAGUUUGUGAACACAGUGGCUGCCUCCCCUAGAACCACCAUCUCAUUCCUCUCAGUUGCCCUCCUGGGGGACCAGCCGCUGCUGACCUCUGACCUCCUCUCCCUCCUGGCCCACACCGCCCGGGUACUGUCUCCCAGCCACUUGUCCUUUAUCCAAGAACUCCUGGCUGGCUCUGAUGAAUCCUAUAGGCCCCUGCGCAGCCUCCUGGGCCACCCAGAGAAUUCCGUGCGGGCCCGUACUUAUGGACUCCUGGGACACUUGCUCCAACACAGCGCAGCCCUGCGUGGGGCCCUGCAGAGUCAGGCUGGACUGCUCAACCUUCUGCUGCUGGGGCUUGGAGACAAGGACCCUGCUGUGCGGCGCAGUGCCAGCUUUGCUGUGGGUAAUGCAGCCUACCAAGCUGGUCCCCUAGGACCUGCCCUGGCAGCCACGGUACCCCAUAUGACCCAACUGCUUGGAGAUCCUCAGGCUGGUAUCCGGCGCAAUGCUGCAUCAGCUCUGGGCAACUUGGGGCCUGAGGGAUUGGGGGAGGAGCUGUUACAGUGCCAAGUACCCCAGCGGCUCCUAGAGAUGGCGUGUGGAGACCCCCAGCCAAAUGUGAAGGAGGCUGCCCUCAUUGCCCUCCGGAGCCUCCGACAGGAGCCCUGCAUCCAUCAGGUGCUGGUGUCCCUGGGUGCCAGUGAGAAAUUAGCCUUGCUCUCUCUGGGGAAUCAGUUACUGCCGCAUAACAGUCCCAGGCCUGCCUCCGCCAAACACUGCAGGAAACUCAUUCACCUCCUGAGGCCAACCCACAGCACGUGAUCCCAGAUUCCUGGGGUCCAGCCUCCAACCUUCAUUGCCUUCCUGUCGCCAACUCUUCCUUUUUCUACUCUACAAGCCACCAACUCAACCGAGAGCUAAAGAGACUGAAAGAGAUAAGAUGCCAAUCAACUGAUUUGAGAAGGAGAACAUAGAAGAGAUUUAUGUAUAAAGCUCCUUCUUUCCCCCAGAUUCAGGAUGAUUUCAACCAGUAAACUUUAUUGUUGUUGGUGCCAGAGGAGAUUCCUUCCUUCUCUACAUCCAGGGGUCUUUUUUCCAACAAUGUGCCUUUAACCCCAGGAACAUGGCUCCCAGACCUUAGGGAGACACCUUCUACCUGAGAGAUCUCUUCCUUUCUAGAGCUCCUGUAAUCUUCCCAGCAGGUUCUUGCUUUAGAUGCACUGACCCCAAGACAGUGAUGAAGACAGAGCCUGCCUCAGCUCUAGGCUGUGGAGAUAGAUGCUAUCAGCCCCUGUUGUGGAGGACUCCCCAGCCUGUAGCCCACAUUCCCAUCCAUGGGGCCAUGGGGGUGGGGUGGGGAGUGUACCUUUUUCUUUCUUUCUUUCCUUCCUUCUUUCCCUCCCUCCCUCUCCUUUUCUUUGUUUCUUUGUUUCAUUGUUUCUUUCUUUUUUUCUUUUUCUUUCUCUGUCUCUGUCUCCCUCUAUUUCUCUCUCCUGUCUCGCUCUCUCCCUCUCUCCCUUCUUUUCUUUUUGGUAGUUCUGUUUGUAAACUCUUGUAAUAAGAGGUAUGCCUUACCCUACUUGGAGCUGCCAAGGUAAAGGGUUGGGAGGUUCAGCUCUUAUAGCUGCUUUGUGUGCUGAAAGAACUGGUGUCCUGUUCAAACAAGAUCCUGGUUUGAGAGCUGGUUUUAUCUUUUCCUGCCUUCCAGCAUCCUACCUCCCAGAUGAGCUACAUGUGGUCUCCUACUUCCAAGCCAAGGCCAGUGGAGCUGAAAUGGGAAAGAGUAAGAUUAAACAGAAGGGUAAAUUGGAUUGCUUUGUGAUCUCAAGCUUAGUGACUAGUUUUAAUUGGUGGAGUUUCAAUGUAUAGGGAAGCCCAGCUGCUUUAGAAGGACGGCUGUUUAUGGAGAUUGUGCAGUUUACCAGAAGGGGUGUUUGGCAGGCCCAUUAGUUAGAAUCCUAAUCCAUACUGGAAAGCUUAAACCUUCACUCACUGGACGGCUUGUGACAAGCUAAUUUCUCCAUCCAAAACUAGGGAGACUACUUUAUCCUUCCUUAUAUUCCAAUUGUUUUAGAUGAGUAAAGUGUCCUUAUUUUUAUAGGAAA